GCCUUCAGAUGUGAAGCGACUGAGCAAACUUUCCAACUAGACAUCUGUCGCCUAACAAAGGCGCUGUCAGCUGCAGCCUCGCGAACGCCAGUGGCAGGUGAUGCUGAGGUGACUUGAGCUCUGCCAGUGACAGGUGGUGACGCGAGAGGAGCUGAUCUCAAGGAGCCUGGCCUGCCGUUAACUUAUCUGUUGCCAGUCGGGUCUCCGGAAUGUGCUGAGCGACGGUUUGAAAUCUGGUUUGACCGGGGUAGCCCAUUUCAGACAUCACUUUAUGCGGUGUUUUUCUUACAGGUGCGCCAGGAGCUGUGCAGCCCGCGACUUCCUCGCUCAAACUCCGUGUCCGCUCAGUUCUCGCGAGGUAUGUGGCUCUCAGUAGUCUCCUUGUCUGUCCUACCUGUUUUGGGGGCUUUGGUGUUCCAGCACCGGGGCCGAAUGGCCGGCGUCUGCCGAAGUGUUUUUCAGAGAUGGAGAUUCACGAACACUUCAGUUGGCGCCUUGGAGCAGCGCGUCCACGGCUUUGUCAUGACGAACUCGACGCACGGACAGCCAGACAGCGUUCUGCAGACUUUUGACGACUUCUCACGGUUGGAACCCACAUGCAGCAUAGGCCGGGAGAGGGGUGAGCUUCUUGACCGCAUAGUCAUGAAAGUCUCACCACAGCAAGUGCUGGAGCUCGGAACCUUCUGUGGAUACUCAGCGGUGCGAAUUCUCAGACUUCUGCCAACUACUGGGAAGCUCCUCACGGUGGAACGAGAUCCUCACACUGCCGACGUGGCCGAGGAGAUGAUCCUGGUGGCAGGCUUUAAACACUCACAGUUUCGGCUCCUCAGCUGCACUGCUCAGGUGGCCAUUGCACAGCUCCAGUCGUGCUAUGGGAUUUCAAGUGUGGACCUUCUUGUUAUGAAGCACAAUGUUGCUGAUUACCUGGCUGACUUGCAAACCCUGGAGAACAGUCGCAUCUUGAGCUACGGUUGCGUUCUCUUGGUCCUCAAAAGCCAUCUUCCUGGAGCAUUACAAUUUCUUCAGUAUGUCCAUCACAACGCUUCUUUUAAGGUGGUGUCACAGGUAAUGGACGUGAUGGAGAUCCAUUACUUGCCUCCUAUAACAGGACCGGCUCUCUAAGGUGUCACCAAGCUUUGGUGUGAUCAUGGCCAGUGUUAAAUUCAUACCUAAAAAGUAUUGUCUGUUAAUUUAAAACAGAAGAGCAUCAAGGUGUGGGUUGUGUGUAACUCAAGUGUACAAAUAAAGUCAGCCAUGAGAGUUGUGAG